CACCGGGGCCAUGAUUCAUUCACGAGCCCCCUUCACCAUUUAACACCGGACAGCUCGAGGAGGUGGGACUUCGGUGAGAUCAGGGCUCAAUUGGACGGGAGGCAGAAUAAUUGACAGCUGACAGCCCAGCCCUACAGCAGCCCUCAGAUUAUUUACACUUUCUAAAACUGGGGCCACUGCGGUCCGCAUGCGCUCAGCUCACACACAUCAGAAGGUCUAUUUCACUUGCAGCUAACGUCUCAUAGCUGCGUCCAGUUGGAGAGAGAGAGAGGGGGGGGAGAGAGUGUGUGUAUUUGGUCACUAGGACGGUAUGUGCGGUGCCCCAAAGUCAGUCCUGAACGGGCCGUAGCUCAAGGAGAGAGAGGAGCGUCCGCUAUUACGGUGGAGGCCCUUGGGGUGAACUUUUCACUUCAUUUCACUUCUGUUUAGAGUGACUUUUUCCUUAUUUCCUUUCCUGCGCCUCUCCCUGGUCGGGCGGUUGGUGGAAUGGCAGAGAAGCGACGCUCCCCGUGCACUCUGAGCGUCAAGGCGCACGCGUUCUCGGUGGAAGCUCUGAUCGGGUCCGAGAAGAGACGGAAGCUCGGGGAGGACGACACUAGGGUGUGCUUUCUCGAGGAGGUCACGGAGGUGUUGGAGCUGCCCAGUAACGGAGGGGAGAGAGAGGAGAGGGCGUGCAACCGCGCCAGCGACCGGGGCAGUGAGAUAGAGUGCGUUAGUGACGGCUCCCUGGAGAGCUGUGACGUGCUGUUGGAAAGCCCCCACCCAGAGGCCCAAGCCCAGCGCGCGCCAACGGUAACAGUAACGGUUCCCGGAGAGGAGAUGCGCGUGGAUUUGCAGGGCUCCGACCUGUGGAAACGGUUUCACGAGAUCGGUACAGAGAUGAUAAUCACGAAGGCUGGCAGACGGAUGUUCCCCGCUAUGCGCGUGAAGAUCUCGGGUCUGGACCCCCACCAGCUGUACUACAUUACCAUGGACAUUAUCCCCGUGGACAACAAACGAUACAGGUACGUGUACCACAGCUCCAAGUGGAUGGUCGCAGGAAAUGCGGACUCCCCAGUGCCGCCGCGUGUAUACAUCCACCCGGACUCUCCGGCUUCCGGUGAAACGUGGAUGCGUCAGGUGAUCAGCUUCGACAAACUCAAACUGACCAAUAACGAACUGGAUGACCAGGGACAUAUCAUCCUCCACUCCAUGCAUAAGUACCAACCGCGAGUGCAUGUGAUUCAUAAGGAGCGUGGCGAGGAGCUGUCUCAUGUUAGAGCCGUUCCCCAGGGAGACGGAACCAGAACACUCAGCUUCCCAGAGACCACCUUCACCACUGUCACCGCAUACCAGAACCAACAGAUCACCAGGUUGAAGAUUGACAGGAACCCAUUUGCUAAAGGCUUCAGAGACUCAGGCAGAAACCGGAUGGGUCUUGAGGCUCUAGUAGAAUCCUACGCUUUCUGGCGUCCGUCUCUAAGAUCCCUGACAUUUGAAGACAUCUCUGGAAUUAAGCAAGGAGCCCCGGGGGCCCAUGGAGGUGUUGGAUCGCCUCACCUGCUCUCCUCCUCUCCUUGCUCCUCCCCCUUCCAGGUAUGGCCUCUCUCUCCCCCGGACUACACCUGCAGCCGGCCGACACACACACCCCUACAUCGCUACAGUAACCUCCCCGAGCCUUUCCCCUCUCCUACGUCGCGAGGACCGUCAGCCUAUGACAGCGAAGGAUUCUGCUCUAUGUCCCUCCCUCCCUCUCAGAUUGGCUAUCUACAAAACCCUGCCCACCAGGGUUACGGAAGUCUCCGCCUCCACUCCCCCCCUUACGGUCUCUACGGUUACGCCUUCCCCCCCUCCCCCCGCCUCAUUGCCAGCCCAGACAAGAUGGCGGCUGCUUCUGCCGCUGCAGCCAAUCAGAACCCUUUUCUCGGCUCCUCACCCAAUGGAACCCUGGCGGACAGUCUGGGCAUGCUCAGUGGAGGCCAGCAGGCCAACUUCCUGUUUGACUCUCGGACGCUGGGAAUGGCUGGCAGCCAGUCAGGGGGAGGGGCUUCACAGGUCACUACCCACAUGGGCUGAGAAAUACUCCGACCCUGACCCCCAGGGUUGCUAUCGCAAAUAGCUGCUUUUCCGGGUAGGACAUGGAUUUGGAACUCUGGAAUAAAUCACCAGCCAAUGAGGAUUGAUGAGACAUCUCACGGACCUAUGAGGAGACAGAGAGAGAUGGAGAGAUGGAGAGAGAGAAACAGAGCGAGACAGCUUUAGUGACGUUUGUGUGAGCGCUAAGAAAGAUAAAGAGAGAACGUCAAACUCCGCUGACUAAUGGGAUAUUGUUGUUGUUGUUGUUUGUAAGUAUGUUAUUAAAGGACUAAAUAAACAGAAGCUUCUGAGAGACUGAAACAGCUGCGUUGGAGGAGAUCUGGGGGUCUGAUACAAGUCUGGAGACCUGAGAGAAUAAACACACCCACCAACAAGCCCCGGAGCUGGAGAUUCAACAUCUGGAAGAAUCGGGAAAUAAACACUACGAACACUUCAGCACCUGUGGUUUCCUAUACAGCGUCUCUGAACAGUUAUAACCUCACACAGCUCCUAGGAACAGAGUUGACACAGUGAGAGGUCUCCUAUACAGCGUCUCUGAACAGUUAUAACCUCACACAGCUCCUAGGAACAGAGUUGAAACAGUGAGAGGCCUACUGAGAUAUAUGUUAUACAGGACUGUAUUCAGGACUGUUAUACAGGACUGUAUUCCCAUGCCAAAGAUACAGUGUCAGUCAAUCUGCAAUGUUUCCCUAUUCCUUAUGUAGUGCACUUCUCCUGGCUGGAAACCUAUAAAGCAGCCCUAUGAAGCUCUGGCCUAAAGUAGUGCACUAUAUAGGGAAUAGGACUCUGGCCUAAAGUAGUGCACUAUAUAGGGAAUAGGACUCUGGCCUAAAGUAGUACACUAUAUAGGGAAUAGGACUUACAUCACACGUUGUGUGUGUGGCAUGUUUUAAUUAUUUGACAUAAAGGUGUCAUAACUGCUUAUAACCUUUAUACAUAAUGAACUGUGUUAAUGGUGGGUCAUGUGACCUAACGCACUUACUGCCAACACACACACAUGCACACACACACACAUGCACACACACACACACACACACACACACACACACACACACACACACACACACACACACACACACACACACACACACACACACACACACAUUUCCUGCCAACCCACAGCGUUCUGCCUGGCCUCUGUCUAUGACGGACAAGCAGCUUCAUGAGCCCAAAAAAAUAAUAAAAAGUAUAAUAUUAUUACACACUAACCAUCAGAGAACCUGUUUCACACAGAUCCUUUUUGUAAUAUAUCAAGCAUCAAAUAUGUGUGAGUGAGAGAGAGAGAAAUAUGUGUGUGUGUAUGAAUCUCAGAAACAGAAGUCCAAACCCUUGUAAACAGAACAUUUCAAAGGUUAAAGGUUUGGGAAGGCUUAAAACAAAAAGGCAACAAAUGUAAAACAAGUGUCUAUCUGCUGAACACGCGGAGCCAUAAACCAAGCAGCCUGACCUAUAUACUGAACUAAAAUAUAAACACAACAUGCAACAAUUAAAAAAAUGUUAUUCAGUUAAUGUAAGGAAAUCAAUCAAUUGAAAUAAA